CUUAUCUUGGGACUUUAUGUAUAUUACGAUGCCCAAGGCAGAGACACGAGCAGUUGAACGUUGGCUAACUAGCCGAGAAGUCGCGAAGGAAAGAGCCCACGAGGCUCAGUCAGCUUCUUUUUGCACAGACACUUGCUAAUUUCGUUAAUCAUUACUAAUAUUAUUCAUUAAUUGUUAAUUAUUUACUGCAAAUAAUUAAACAUUCAAAAUAAGAAAACAGUAAUGAAUUUUUAUCCAGUGAUUAAAAUGAAUAAUCCAAGAACUUUAUAAGAAAUACUCCAAUUGUUAAUUAAAAUGCCCAGUGUAGUGUUAAUUAAUAAAAUUGUGAAUACAAAUUACCUUUUUUAAUAAAUAAAUAAUUUUAAAUAUAAAUAGAUAUUUUUUGAAAAUUUUAAAAUGUUUUUUGUGGCUUCGUCGUGUCUAAUUUUUGUAAUUACGAUACUCAUUACAACGAUACCGGCUAUUUUUACGUCACCUAAUCCAGAUUAUCUGCACAGUUUAGCCAACUACGACUUCCCUGAUUUUGGAAGAAAGUCACCGAAAACGAAUGAAAGUAAUCAAGUAUCUCAAAGAUAUGAAUCAAAGGCCAAUGAAUCACCUCAAGAAGAGCAAACAAUGUACGUCAUUGAAUUUGAGUCGGAGCCACGAGAAAGGGGAAUGGACAAUGGAAGUAAAGACAGUGAUCAUGAUUUAGACAUAGACAAACACAGUCCAUUGGACCCUUGGUCAAUAGUCUGGUACAUUGGAUCCUUUGGUGGUUUAGUGGCAUUUUUUCUGAUAGUGAGUUGCUCCGAAUGGUGCUGCAGACGUGGUGCUCGUACACUUGGUACACCCUAUGGUGUACCACGUACUGGCGAGCCUGUUAAUUCUAGUCGCGGUGUUACUGAGACACCACCUCCGCCUUAUCAUCUAUUCGCACCGCCUCCAUACGAUUCCGUAAACUACGCUGACCUAGUGGACAAAGCGUCGGGCGAGAAGUUGAAUAUUUACGUCAUCUCAGUGCCAGUUCAAUCUAAUAUUCCAGUACAGCCACAGACAGCGUAGGAUUUAUAUAUUUAAUAUCAGUAAUCAUCAUUACUUAAGAUUUAUUUUAUUUAUCGGCCUGACAUAACGGAAAUUUAAAUGUCAAUGGAUUUUUUUAUUUUCAUUUAAAUUAUUGGCCAGCGAGGAUUCAAUCUGGACUAAAUUUCAAAUAAUUGUAUAUAUAUUUUAAAUUAUUAAUUAGGUUUCAAAUGUUUCAGUUCAUUGAUUUUUUUGACUAGAAAUUUUAUACUUGGAAAAAUAUUUUUAAUUUUCAAGGAUAAUUACGACGAUUUUUCCAUGACGGAAAUUAAGAAAAUUAUUUAUUUUACAGGAAAAUCGAUUUGUUGAUAAUUCAAAAAAUUAAAAAAAAAUCUUAAUUAGUUUUUGAUAACUGUGAAUUUAUUAAAGUCUUGCUAUGAAAUUUCUCGUAUUUAAAAACUAAUUACACAAAAAAAAAAUAAUUUUCAAUUAAAAUUAUGGUUUUUAAAAUAAUUCAGGAAAUUAAAUUUACAUAUGCCCGGGAAAAAGUCAAUUAUUUAAAUGAACUAAAAAAAGUACAUUGUAAUUUAAAUUAAAAUGACAUUUAUCACUUGGAAAUUUGAAGUUACGUAAAAACAAAUUAUAUAAAUAAGUUAAUUUAUAAUUAUAUUUAUAUUUUGACUGAUUUAAAUUAUUUUUUUUAAAUUUCAUUGAAAAUUAUUUAGUCCGCGACUAUCAUUACUUUUAUUUCCAAUCAAGUAUUUUGUCUUUGUCAAAAAAAUUGAUGUUUUUUUUUUGUAUAUUAUUUUUAAAUUCUCUUUGUAGUUGAAUGUGUCAGUAAUUAUUAUUAUGAGGGUGAUAGAGAUAAGAUAAGAAAAAUGAUGUGGAUUUAAUGCUGUCAAAAAUAGCUAGCUCGCGAUGAGGCGUUUAGAUUAUAAUUAAGAAUGUGUGAAUAUAUAUUUUGUGUGUGAGAGAGAGGGAGAGAGUGAGUGAAUGAGUGAGUAAGCAGAGAUGUAUAAUAAAAUAAUAAAGAAAAUAAAAAUUAAUAACAAGACGACGACCCCCCUAUUUGGCCUCAAUCUCGGAUCUAUCAAGGCCCCAAUUGCGCCCAAUUGUACAGAUAUAUAUAUUUAUAUCACCGACUGCCAUGAAAAAUGCUGAAAUAUAUAUAUAUGUAUAUAUAUAUUGGGUAUGAUGUGUAUGAUAAAGUCAAAUAGACAUAUUUUUUAUUAGCAAUAAAAUAAAAAUCCGUAGAUCAUGAGUUUGUUUGUAGUGGGAAUGGAAUUGUAAAAGUGUAAGUAUGAGUGGGUGUAGAUAUAUAUAAAUAUAUGUGUGGGAUAAUAUGAUGUUAUAUGAGAUUGUUGAUAAUUGAGUAUGUAAAGUAUAAAUGUCAAUUAUUAUUGUUCAUACCAUUCUAUUGUUAUUUAUUUUUUAUACUUUUUAUAAAUAAAAUUUGUAAAAUUA